CCUUUGCAUUCUUUGCUUGUGCGGCUGUGCAGGCUGUGCGGUUUGUAUGAUCGCGUGCGGUUGCAUGUAAACGUUCGUAUUUGCGUGUUAUUUCUGCUUGAAUUUUCGCUGUGAUGUGAUCCCACAAGUAUUGCACCGUGGUUUCGCUCUGCUUGGAGCGAUCUGUGUUGGCGGCGGACAUGGAGCUGGGACACCGGGUACCCGCGACGGGCGAUACAGCCUUGAAGCCGAGUAUGGACAUGAGACAGCUCUUCGUCGACAACAUCACAGUCGAAGGUGACAUGUUAUGUUAUGAUGCCAUGUCUGAGGGCAGCCCCGGUUUGUAUGUUGGUGUGGAACCGGCAAGCCCAUCACGAGCCUACUUUGAGGUGGAGCUUCUCGGCAUGGGAACGGCCGACCUGGUGCUCGGAUUCCUCUGCCCCACUGGCGCUGGAAUUCACCAGUGGGACUCUGCACUGUCGCUUGCUUGCCGAAUCAGCCAGGGCAGGCUAUCGGAAUGUGAAAGCUACAUGCCUGGAGUGGCCUGCGGACCUGGUGACAGGGUUGGCUGCGGACUUUCUUUCGACCCUAAGGUGCGGUUCCGCAACUGGGGCACCGUCGUCACUUUCUUCGUCACCCAUAACGGCAAAGAGGUGGCGAGGUCCACUUCCCUGGUGUCUGGGCGUCUGCAUCCUGCCAUAGUGCUGCGCGAUCCGGGGCAGCAAGUUCGGCUACUGGGUGAGGGGCGACCUGCUUCGUCCUCGCUCACUGAGGAUGCCCUCAUGUGCGUCGACUCAAACGAGGAAGAGUGGCUACGGCUACAUGACGUCCACCUCAACGGACCUGUAUUGGAGUACUCGGGCCGCGGUACCAGCAUGGUGGACGUUGGCUUGGCACAGACACGAUGUCCGCUCAGUACCACGAACCACUACUUCGAGCUAGAAAUUCUCGACCCUGGCGAAAAGUGCUGCAUCGCCAUUGGCCUUGCCCACAGGGACUAUCCCAGGCACAGGCAUCCUGGCUGGAAUGAAGGGUCCAUCGCCUACCAUGCAGAUGAUGGCAAGAUUUUCGUUGGAAGUGGUGUGGGAUCAAGGUUUGGACCCAAGUGCCAGAAAGGGGACAUAAUGGGUUGUGGCAUCCUGUUUCCUCGUGAGUAUGUAGAACCCGAUGAGCCGAAUGGUGAUGCUGUGGACAACGACGACCAUUCCCGAGCCGAAGGGGACGACAACGACGAGUAUGACUUCAUGAAGUACGACGCACUUCCACUUGAAGGAACCCUAGUGCAGGUAUUCUUCACCCUGAACGGCGUCAACGUCGGUCGGCGAGAGGUGGCUAUGCCCCAAGGCGGUCUCUUUCCUACGGUGGGCAUGCUGAGUCGCAAGGAGAAAGUCAAGGUAGACUUGCACCCUCUCACAGGCUGAGAGGGUGCAACACCACCUCUUCAACCGUCGCUGCCGCAGCCGAGGAUUGCGUGCACUGGCAGCCAACACACAAAGUGAAUGUGCCCAUUGUACAUUGAGCCAAAGUACCGUGUGCUAUUUGGACUUGUUUUGGGGAAGCAAGCAGGGACUGUUUUUUUACUGCUCAGGGACGUGUGGUUCUUCUGUUGUCUUGUAACGUCCCAGAGAUGUGCUGAGCUGCGGGCUUGUUUGUGCACGUCAGCUGGCAUGAUUGAGACCGGCCAAAGCAGGACAUGCAUGCAAGGAAGGAAUGAAGUAUGACAACCGGUUGUGCCCUAUCUUCAAUUGACUGCUGUUGACCACGGUUAUAUGGGGUCCUUGAAAGAUGUUUUUGUCUUGCAAAAGAAUUACUUGAAUCAAAAUGUAUGGCUCUGUGGAUAGCCGCAUAACGAAUGUAGGCCUUCGGCUUCUGUGCCAAUCUAUAGGUGGUGUAGCGAGGUUGUUUUAGCGGCCAAGAGGCCAGACGUUCAGGUUAUUGCACUCAAAUGUGGAACACCAUCACUAGCUUGCAGAAGCGAAGUCUUGUGAGCGACGAGUGCAAGAAGCUAGGGCUGACUCAAGCUCUUUUGAAUAUAACAAGAUGCACAAGAAGAGCUGGAUCAGUCUCUUCAAUGACAGCACUAUGCAGAUUGUGUAUCUUGUAGGGAUGCACAAAACACAGGCUGAUGUUAUACACAGAUAUAUGGGACAUAGGCUACUGUGUCUGCACAAAUGUUACUAGAAAUCUUGGAGCCCGAGGGAGGGAAGAUGUGACCUGAUGCCACAGUUAAUUGUGAAACUAUACUCUAUUCCAUACAUAGCAGUCAACGCUGUGGAGGCUAGAGAGAAUUCUGGCAGUGGCUUCGUUCGCACUUAAAUUAGUUCAAUGUUUUUUUACCGCAACUGGUGCGCGAGUGUUUUUUAUAUAGGCUGAGUAUUGAAUUUAAUCCUUAGCAUUGAAGUUUUAAUCCUUAGAAACAAACACAUUGUGGUAUACGGCUGCUAAUGCAUUGUUUUAGAUCAUUUUUAUUUUUGUUGUUCUUUUCGUGUUUUUUUAUUUUCAACCCGUCGUAAGGAGCCUCACGUGCCUGCUUGCUUGAGCGAACGCUGUUGGCGCUCAGCAAAGGAUGGACGUUCCGAACUGCCCAGCGAAGCACAGACAGAACACGCGGAGUCAUAACUUUUCUUGACCGAACUUCUUACAUACUCGGACUUGCGUACUCCACAGCGUUGACUGCUCUGUAUGGAGCAGAGUAUAGUGGUGUUCAGCUGCUCAUUGAUUUCUAAUAUCCGCAUUGAGCUGCUUUCGUCGUCACAUUUUGCUAUGCUUCAUAGCAUUCUAGGCGUGUGGGGAAGUACACUUACAGAUUAUUGUGUAUGGUGAAAAAUUGCUAGUUGUCAAACCUUGUGCAUAAAAUGAAAAUCUUUAAUUAAUUUGACCAUGGUUGCUAAUACAGUGGUAGGCGAUGCACCUUUAGGUCGGAAAUUAUUACUACAGGGAGUAAAGAAAGUGGCAUUGCAUUUGUGUAAAUGGGGCAGUUUGUUCUAAGUGCUGAUCUGGUUCCUUUUUUCGCAAGAAGAGGUGCUGUUAUUGCACUUAGCUUCGGAGAGCCGCAAAGCUAGGCAACAGGCAUGCCUGCUCCUCUGCAUUUUUUUUAGUGAAUGGUGCAGCAAGAAGUAUGCAUUAGCCAUUCCGUAGGAAGUAACCUUGGCUGUGCUAUAGAAAUGUGCCUUUGCUACACACGUGCUGGCCCACUUGUUCUUGAAGGGUCACACGUAAAGACUGUGGCCACAGUAUGUUGCGUUUGAUAUGUUUGGGUGGCCAUGGUUAGUUGACCUCGCCAUCUGCGAAAUAUUUUGUGUCACACCGAGCCUCUCCGAAAUAACUACAGAACAAUAUCUUUCGAACGAAACAGUUAACAAUUAUUCUGCACCUAACUUUCAAAAACGUAACCGUGUUUAACUAUGAAGGCAGACGCUUGGAUUAUGUAUGACAUAAUAAUGGCCGCUUGCAAGAAGGCUUGUUCUGGCUCAUAAUCUGCAACAUAGGUCUACAACUGAUAAAUGUCACCCUGUUUUGCUUGUCAAGGGCUUUCGGCAGCUAAUCCUGAAGCAGAAAAAUUGACUGCAUUACCACUCCUAAUACUCCACAAAGGUUGAUGCUGUUGAAUAUGCUGAAGAUUGUUUUCGAAUGUGCAACUUUAUUGCCCCAAGUUAUAUUUGCCCUGUGGUUAGAGCCAUUAACUUGGGCUCUAAAUUUUGGCAACUGAUAAUGUACUUUUAAAGUUUAUUUUAUGUGUUAAAUGUUUUAUGUACUUAAGUUGUCAUCAGAAAAAAAAAAAAAGAAAUGGUUGUUUUGGUUUAAUUAGCACCAUUCACUAGCUAGAAGAAUAGUUUACUCAGCAAGUUGGUAUUCCAUUCUUGAGGCAAGCAGCACGAGAAGAAGCUACAUCAACUAAGCCCAGUCAGCUGGAGUCAUUCCUUGAUGUACAGUGGCUGAUGACAGCAGAGAUAGCCCAAACCUGUGAAUGUUCGUUUAGAGAAUUCAUUGUGCACUGCUGUUUGUGCAAAUGCGAUCAGCAAUGUAGCCACAACCAGGCUUAUUAUGCAAUUUCCAAUGUGCUUCCCUGCCUAGUUGCACAUCCUACACACACGUAAUGCGCUGCUUUGAAUGUUUAGAGGCAUCUGAUUCACGUGUCAGCUCAACUUGUUGAACCUUGUACAGGGUGGUUCAUAAUGCGAGAGGGAACACUUGAAUUGAGUUCCAAACCAAUUAAUGGUCAGUAUACUAAAUUAUGUAAGCAGCCUUUCCUAUGCAUCUAACUUGCCCUAACCAACAUGGCCGCACUCCAGCUAGUAGCACUGUUAAAGCUGACACAAGCAUUUUGAAAGCUUUGACAGUGCGGGUAAAAGAAUGCGGCACAAACGAUGUUACCAGCCUGCGUGUUGACACCUUAUGUUUGUACGCUUAGUUCUGCCGUCUUGGGUAGGUCGAAAGAGAUGUGUGGAAAAAAGUGCUCUUGCAGGUUUUGCAUAUUGUCAUUGCUUUAGAACUGAAAUCAAGAAAUUUGCCUUAAGGAAGUUUCUUCAAAAGAACUGCAUCGCAUACGUUGGCAAGUGGCAUUCGAACUUUGAUUAAUGCAGUAAUCGCCUGUGCAGCAUUACAGGAAGGUUUAAACUUGUAGCAGUCAAACCAAGGGGUCUAAACAUUGGCUCUGGCGACAUCCCUCGUUCAAUGACAGUUGAUCACUUCCUGUGCAGCAUUGUACUUAUAUAGCUAGUGGUUGCUAGCAACCUUGCUUCGGAGCUAGGACAAUGAGCUUUGUUUUUAAAAUUACAUUAACCCUAAUACGCACACCUCAUUGCACCCAUAGUUUAUACCAGCCGUGGAGUCCAGUGAGAUAUACUGUGCUGAUAGUGUGAUAGCAAUCUAUAAAAAAACCAGGACUAGUAUCAGAUAAUGGUUAAUUUUAUCUGCAAGUGUAAUGCCGUAGAAAAGUUAUGUUCAAGAAAAAAUUCCAUAGUUUUGACUUGAUAGGGGGAACCACCCCUCCAGAAGUUCAACGGUGGACUGCGGGCAUACCGUCAGUGAUGUCGUUCUCUCCGUCGCAGCCGAACAUGUGUGUAACCUCAUAAUUGAGAAAUGCUUUAAUGAACCCUCGGGAUUAACCCAGUGAGAAACACCGGGGCCGCGCGUUUUUCAGCUUUGCUGGUUAAACAUCUUCACAGAGUGGAAGGGCCGACGACUUUUUUUUUUUUUUUUUUUGCAAUAGUGCUUGAAUCAGCUAGCCACAUCAGCCAGUAAGCAGCGUUUUAUUAUCCUUAACUCCUUCCCUACCAUGGAAAAAAUGGGCGUUUUUUGUAGGUUAUGCCAGAUUUUUUUUUUUUAUGAAGGAACUAAUGCACUCUAUAUUUUAUGUAAUACAUAAACAAAAAGCAUAAUGAAGCCACGUUUCAUGCAUAAAGGUUUUAUUAACGAGAUGUAUGUCAUAAAAGGAUAUAAAUUGCCAAAAUCAAGAUUGUAGGAUAAAAUUUAGCAAAGUUUGUAAAGACGCGCUUGUAUGUACUGAGAAAAAAAUGUAACGAAAAUUAUGAGAUAUACAAAAUGUAUUGACAUCUAAUAGGCACUAUCUCAAAAAAAUCGUAAUUUUUCAUUGAACAGGUAUUCUACUACAAAUAUUUAACUGCAAGCACUGUAGUUGGGCGUGCCGGGCUGCGGCCACCAAUAUUCCGGGCUGUUUUGCGCCGUCGUCGCUCUCAGAGUCAAAGUCUGACGAAAAAGCAGCAUCCUCACACUCGCUGUUGCUCAAUCAAUAAAAUCGGCCGCAGACGCAGCAAAAUUACAAGAUCUGCAAUCUUCCGAAGCGCGCGCACCGCUCUCGGAGGCAGCCAUUUUUGCUGUCAACUUUGACGAUCAUAAACCUUCAGAGCGCAUUCAAAAAUUACCGCCUGGUGAGAAGAAAGCGAACUGCUUAGAAACUGAAUUAUAGUUUUCCUCCUCCACGUCCGAUAGCGCAGUGUGUCCGUGAGCUGCACGGAAGGUCUCGAAAGCAGCGUUUCAAACCAUCUAUAGCGGGCUAACAAUGCCCAAUGGGCGCGGUACAGAAAGAGUUAUAUUCACUUCAUUGUGAAUCACUGCUGGAAUGUUGAGAGAGAGAAACAUUCGUCCUGUGCGGAAGCGAGUACACCAGUCUGUCUUGUAUUGGAAAAGCUACCUAUUUUCGCAAACGUUGCAGAAUGCAAUUGCAUGUCACCCAGAGGUGCAGUUACGUUAGCUAUACCGUAGUCACACACAGCAUAAUAGCGCACUGUAGUGUCCCAACUUGAGAGCUUUUUGAUAUGGCUUGUCUCAUUCCAAGAAGCUUAUGCCUCGUUUUUCGUGAUGGUUUUAUGUCCUGAAUUAUACAGGCUGAAAGCAAUAUUGAUGGCAGAUUUGCUAGUUGAGGCCAAGAUGGAAUUUGAAACUGGUGGCUGGGGCUCGUUUCCUUUCCACAGAGGGUUGUGCCUCUCUCUAGUGGCAAAGUUUCUAGUCAUAGUUUUGAAGAGUCAAGUUGCAGUUCAAAAGGAACACAGCACAAGACCGCCCACUUGCUUCUUGACAGUGCUUUUCUGCUUCACCUAAACACUGUGCAAGUAAAAGUGGUGUUAACCGGUGAAAUACAUCCAUUGUGUGCGAGGAUGGCACCACCUUAUGGAGUGCCUCUCUCAUCUGCAACUCGAGUGUAUGCUUUGCCAGAACCGUGUGUGCCUUUCUCAGCUUAGCAAAAGCAGCAACAUAUUGUAUUUUCUUGUGCUGCUGCCGUGCUGCUGCCGUGCUGCAAGUUUAUUUUUGUCUGUGCAUUGCCACGUUUGUUCUUUCAUCGUCGGAGGUCGUGCUAUGCAGGUUUUGUAAGUCCCGUCUGCCACUGCACUAUGACGAGAUGCGGUAGCUGCGGUAUUGUGCAUUUAUUUCCAAAUGUGGCUGAGUGAUAUUGGUGCCCACACCUUCAUACGUGUUGGCUGUACUCUGUUUUGCAUACUUGGCAGGCAAAGCUGCAGAGGGUAAAGCAACUUUUUGCAGUGCGUGCAUUUGCGACAAAAAAAAAUAUUUAAAAAUAGGAAUGCGUUCCUAUUUCUUUAUUUUCCAUUCUUAAGAAUGCGAAAUAUGUCAAAACACUGGCAUGAGCAAGCGCGGCAGCAACAGCGAGCAAAGUGACCUUCGUGCCAUAUAUCGCUUCAAUGCAAACUGAGCGGCGAGAACAGAGCACGCACAAAGGUAUAAGCCGCCGUUGCACCUAGACUCAGCCCCCGACGCAGAUCGCUUUCAAGAUAAGGCAUGCGCGGCCGUGCGAUUCACAGUUGCUGCGCCACUUCCUUCCCCCCGCCGCCAUGUGCCCCCCGCCGCCAUGUGCGUGACAGAAUACAGCGUGUUUCCUCCCUAGAACGCAGGAGAUAGAGCCGCGAUCAUCGGCGCCGAAGGCAAAAAUGCGCCUGGAGUGUCCAUAUGAUUGCUAUCAGAAUAAAAGUAGGAGACACGCGGUACGAUUUGGCAUUUGAUAAGGCAUCCGAUACAAUCGUACCCUCCAAACGCCAUAUCAGACGCCGAAUCGUACCGUGUCUCACCUACUUCACGGUAGCAAGUUCAGGGUGCCUUGAUUACGUGGGAGAAAAAAAAAUCCAAAUUUUGACGACUAAAGUUGGGGGUGCAUUCAUUAUGCGAGUAAAUACGGUAUUAAGAAAUCAUUGCUUGGAGGACGUUGAAUGGGGUCUGAACCAAUUAACCAUGAAAUUUGAAGCGACAUGUUCUGUACAUUCAGAAUCUUUACGCAGCAUGCUAGUAUUCACGACCAAAACUUAGUGUGUUGCGUAUAGGGAGCGAAGAAUUUACAAACAGUACAAGUUCUGACAUGUUAGUGCCAUGUUUUAGUUCUGUUAAUGAAGAAAUUAUCCCACAGAACUUGUCGUGGACCAAAAACCAGUUCUCAGAACACUCGGGAGUGAUAAGGCAUCAGAUAUCUAUGACUUCACUGCAUGCAUAGCUUCUGCAAUGUUGCCUGCUAAGUAUGAAACGAAGUAUGCAGCCGUUUCUCUGUAGCUGCUUUCAAAUGCAUACCUCUGCAGCUCAUAACAGUACUUAGUGGGCACAUUGUUACAGCUGUGCUCUGCAACUUUGCUGAUGGUUGCUGCAUGCAUACAGCAUAUAAUUUAGGGGUGAAUGAGCCAGUGCUACAAGCAUCUGCUGCACCCUUUUUGGCAUUGCACAUUUGCACCAUGUACUUUUUCUAACAUUUGCUUCUAUGAAACUUUUGGUUGUGCACAUCACCUUGUUGGAUGCAGCCUCUAGUUGAAGUUUGUGGCCACUGCUUUAAAGUAAGAAGUGGGGAAAACAUCGUACAAUGCUGCAGUGUGGAAUACAAAGCAAACUGCUUUAACCCUGUAUGCACUGUUCGAAUGUUGCUUCUAUGUGAAAAUGUGUCGCCAUUGAAGCUCAUUCUAGAGGCGCUUGCACAUCAUACGUUAAGUCAAUGCGUUACAAUAUUUUCAAAACAAACUGUUUUUUGUGGGGCAGUCGAGAGAUUAGACUGACAGUGGCGCAUAUUACCGUUUGGGAUACCGGGGAUGUAGACUGGAGCAGCAGCACAGCUGGCACCAUCUUGCGACACCCAAGUGAAACAGGAGCACGCAGAACUAAUUUUCGCAGUGACUUACUGCCAGCAGUAAGUUUAAACUUACUGCCGACUAAGUUUUCCUUACUGCUGGCAUAACGGUGUUAGCAGCACAUAACCUUCAUGAAUGUAUUGUUGUUGUUGUUUUUCCUCGACUAGUGCAUCUCGGGUAAUAUAGAAAUGUUUUAAACACGUGGUUGAAUGCAGUGUCACAAAAUGUCGCCAGCCACACUGCUGCUCUAGAGUCUCUGUGUAUGGUUAGUGCUCAUGUUUACAUUUGCAAAAUUCAGGAAAUGGUAUUGUGAGUACACACUGAAUGUCUUUAAUGCCAACUCUCCUGUUCUGUAACUUUUGUGAGAUAUCGUUGAACUGCACAUUACAGAGAUUUUUGUUACGGGUUUUUGAAUAAGACACUUCAAUUUUCACUGCUAGCUGUACAUACAAUCAAGAACAAAAGUUUUGCAGACCAUGGUUGCCAUGGUAAAAAUGGGGACUUUUGCCUUGCCCAUAGUGCACGGCAAGAUACCUAAUGGUAGUCGAUAUUGCAUAUAAAGCUUCUGGCAAUUCUGGUCCACAAACUUUCGUCCCCAACUGUACAUUUAGUUCCGGCCAAUGCUUGGAGGUGCUGUUAAUUGCUGUGGCAAGACUUAAUUAGCUACCGCAUGUUGUUGACCAGUUUACAGUUAUUAGUUCUAGGGUUAUGCCAAUGUUAUUUUUUCCUUAUGCCAUAUUUUCUUAUUAAAGUGAACUAGCAAGUUAA